AUGCUUCCCUUAGCUCCCAAAGAGGCAGGAGACGGGGCUAAGGACAAGCCAAUGCCAGAUGCAGAGGGUGUGAGGGUGCCUGGAGAGGAGGAGGAGGACACAGACAGCAUGUACGGCAGUGGCCUCUACUCCCUGACCGAGGAAGGGGAGCGAGAGAGCGAGGGAGGUAGAAGAGAGAGAGUGAAUGAGAGAGAUGCAGGAAAGUGGCCCGCCAGAAAGAGGAACCGUCCGAGUGGUGGCACCGCCCACCACUCCUCCAGCUCUGAUGAGGAUGAUGAGGAAGAGGAGGAAGAUCAAGAGGAGGAAGAGGACGAGCAGGCCAUGGACGCGUGGCUGGGGGCGGAGCUGCGUGACCUCAGCGGGCCGUCAUGGCGGGCGGUGCCCUCCCUGAAGUCGAGGGAGAUUGGCCGGGGCUCGCACCAGUUUGUGAGGCGUGUGUGUGGUGCACGAGGCUUGGUCCAGAGGCUGGAGCUCCAGGGGCGCCUGGAGAGACACACUGGCUGUGUGAACACCCUGCACUUCAACCCCUCAGGCACACGCCUGGCCUCCGGCAGCGAUGACCUGCGGGUGGUAGUGUGGGACUGGGCACGUCGCCGUGCUGAGCUGGAGUUUGACAGCGGGCAUAAGAGCAACGUCUUUCAGGUUAGGGGAGAGGAGAAUCAGGCUAGGAUGGGAUUGUAGAAACGAGGGGAAGAUUUCUGAUGUUGUUGACAGACAACCAUUAGCAAGCCAUUGUAAAAUUAGAAAGGUAAGCUAGAAAUGUGGUAGGGGACUUUUAAGAGAUGUUGAAAUGUACCUUUCUUCCUCCCCAGGCAAAGUUCCUGCCACACAGUGGCGACUCCACCAUGGCCAUGUGUGCCCGGGACGGUCAGAUCAGAGUGGCUGAGCUCUCUGCCACUCAGCGCUGCAAGAGCACCAAGAGAGUGGCUCAGCAUAAAGGGGCAGCACACAAGGUAUGGAGACCAUGUGUAUACCUCAGGAGUGUGGUUGUAUUCGUGAUAAUGAGUUUCAACAUUUGCCCAAGAAGCCAGACUUUGGCUGUGGCUAAAAUGACACCCUAUUCUCAAUAUAUUACAUAACUUUUGACCAGAACCAUACACGGCAUUUGUCCUACCACUUUUAAAGGGGGGAGAUCCAACUCUUUGAAAUAAUUAUAGGCCAAUCUCAAAGCUGUCACCCCUGGCAAAAAUACUUGAAACCCUUGUUAGUGAACAGCUAAAAUAGUUUUUAUAUACUAACUCUAUUUUAUCAAUGUAUCAAUCGGGCUUCAGGAAAAAGCAUAGCACAAUUACAGCAGCCAUGAAGGUUUUAAAAUAUAUCACUGAAGUCCUUGACAAAAAACGGCACUGUCUCACUUUUUAUUGAUCUCUCUAAGGCUUUUGAUACAGUUGAUCAUGCUAUACUGAGGCAGAGAUUGUCGAGUGUAGGUCUUUCGGAGCAUGCAGUUGCAUGGUUUGCUAACUGUCUGUCUGAUAGAACUCAGUGCACUCAAUUUGAUGGGCUCAUGUCUGUUAAAUUGUCUGUCUGUAAUGGUGUGCCCCAGGGCUCUGAACUUGGUCCCCUCUUAUUCAGUAUUUAUAUAAAUAAUUUAGACAAAAAUUUGCUAAAUGCACAACUUCACUUUUAUGCUGAUGUUACUGUUAUUUAUUGUUGUGCCUCGUCUCUCACAAAAGCUUUCCAGAACUUGCAAACUGCUUUUUAUACUGUUAAACAUACCUCGUGUCAAUUGAAGCUUAUCCUCAAUGCUGACAAAACUAAACUAAUGGUGUUUUCUAAAGCAAGAAAUAGACCACUGAACCUAUUUCUACCUGUCAGGGCAAUGAGAUUGAGGUUGUAACCUCAUAUAAAUAUCUUGGAAUUUUAAUUGAUGACAGCCUUUUAAAUAGCAUAUUCAACAACUUACAAAAAAAUUUAAGCUGAAGUUGGGAUUUUAUUUUAGGAAUAAGGCCUGUUUUUCUUUUGAAGCCAGAAGGAGGCUAGUAUCAGCUACAUUUAUGCCUAUACUAGACUAUGGAGAUAUUUUAUAUAUGAAUGCUUCCGCUCAGUGUUUGAGAUCAGUAGACACCCUUUAUCAUGGAGUAUUGAGAUUUAUUUUAAACUGCAAAACCCUUACGCACCAUUGCACUUUAUAUACCAGGGUUGGCUGGCCUUCUCUAGUCACUCGUAGGCUCAGUCACUGGUAUACUUUUAUUUACAAAGCCAUUUUGGGUUUACUACCAUUUUAUCUAGGCAUUUUUAUUCUUCAGAAAUGUGGUGGGUACUCCCUAACUGUUCCAAAUGUCCGAACUGAAUUUGGUAAAAGGGCUUUCAUGUACUCUGCGCCAUCGGCUUGGAACGCCUUACAACAUACUUUUAAACUGGAAGAACCUGUCCCAAUUGGUGUUUUUAAAUCAUUGAUGACGGAUUUUGGGGCAGAUUCCUUGACCUGUCAAUGUUUUUAAAUUGCUAUUUUAUGAUUUUGUUAUGCUCCUGUAAUUUCUAUGGAUGUUUACUAGAUUACUUGUAGUUUUUCAUGUUGUCUCUCCGUAAUUGUGUAAUGACUUGGUGCUGCCUAUCUCAAUGAGCCUUUCCUGGUUAAAUAAAGGUUAAAUAAAAUGUUAAAAAAUAAAACAUUAAGAACACCUUCCUAAUAUUGAGUUGUGCCCUCAGAACAGCCUCAAUUCGUCUGGGCAUGGACUCUAAUGGUGUCGAAAGCGUUCCACAGGGAUGCUGGCUUAUGUUGACUCCAAUACUUCCCACAGUUGUGUCAAGUUGGCUGAUUGUCCUUCGGGUGGUGGACCAUUCUUGAUACACACGGGAAACUGUUGAGUGUGAAAAACCCAGCAGCGUUGUAGUUCUUGACACAAACCGGUGCGCCUGGCACCUACUACCAUACCCCGUUCAAAGGCACUUAAAUAUUUUGUCUUGCCCAUUUACCCUCUGAAUGGCACACAUACACAAUCAAUUUCUCAAUUGUCUCAAGGCUUAAAAAUCCUUUAACCUGUCUUCUCCCUUCAUCUACACUGAUUGAAUUGGCUUUAACAAGUGACAUCAAUAAGCGAUCAUAGCUUUCACCUGGAUUCACCUGGUCAGUCUAUGUCAUGGAAAGAGCAGGUAUUCUUAAUGUUUUGUACACUCAGUGUAUGUCAGCUUUGGUAGGGCACAAUGUGGAGAACUGGUUGUCAUUUGAGAUGCAGUAGUUCUAAGCCUUUUUAAGCUGAGACCUGAGAUUAUUUAAGUGUGUUGUUUGUGUUUGUUUUUGUGUGUGUGUGUGUUUGUCAGCUGGCCCUGGAGCCAGACUCUCCCUGCUCCUUCCUGUCGGCUGGGGAGGACGCCAUAGUGUUUGGCAUCGACCUGCGCCUCGACCGGCCUGCCAAGUGAGUGAUAACGCCAUUACUGCAAGAUCGCCUGGACGUUACUGUACUAAAGCCAUUCGUUUUCCCUGUCCAUGUGACCAGACCAGGAAAAACUCCAGGCCCAAUGUAUAACAUAACAGCCGUUUAACCCUUUUCCCACUAUUUGUUUUGCUCUUUUCCUUUUCUCUCAGUAAACUGGUGGUGGUGAAGGAGGGGGAUAAGAAAGUGGGGUUGUACACCAUAUUUGUGAACCCUGUCAACACACACCACUUUGCUGUGGGUGGGAGAGAUCAGUAUGUCAGGUGAGACUCAAAUCCCUUUUAUAGGUCUAUCGUAAUCGUAAAGCAGAGGAAGUGCAAAGUGCAUUCUCUUGGAUUCUGCACGUUCUUACUAUGUUCUCUCUCUUACCUCUCCUCACCUUCAAAAUUUUUAGGAUCUAUGACCAGAGGAAGAUUAAUGAGAAUGAAAAUAAUGGCGUACUGAAGAAGUUCUGUCCAUCUCACCUGGUGUCCAGCGAGUCCAAAACUAACAUUACCUGCUUAGUGUACAGUCAUGAUGGCACAGGUAAAACACAUGACUCAAAAACACGUUUAUUCAGAAGUCUGACGUCCUCUAGCUGUUGCUGUUAUAACUGUCCUCAUGUCUGUUCUCCCCAUCAGUGACCAUGUCUCUCUGUCUGUCUGUUCAGAGCUCCUGACUAGUUACAACGAUGAGGACAUCUACUUGUUUGACUCCAGCCACAGUGACGGUGCAGACUACCGCAGGAGAUACAAGGGCCAUCGCAACAACGCUACAGGUACUGGGGAAGAAAGGGGAAGGAAUGAUUAUGAACUAGUCAAUUAUAAGUCAAGAAAACAGCAACACAUACACAGGAUAGGUGCAGUGAAAUGUAUUAUCUUUACAGGUCAGCCAUUGUAGUACGGCGCCCCUGGAGCAAAUUAGAUUUAAGUGCCUCGCUCUAGGGCACAUUGACAGAUUUUUCACCUUGUCGGCUCAGGUAUUCGCACCAGCAACCUUUCGCUUACUGGCCCAACGCUCUAACCGCUAGGCCACCUGCCGCCCUACCUAAGUAACAUGAACACUAGCGUAUUACCAUGUUAUAACUUGGAAUUCCAGUGUAAUAAGCUGCCACUCUCCCUGUCUCUCUUUCCCUCUUCUCCCUCCCUCUCUAUUUCUCAAUUUCACAGUGAAGGGGGUGAACUUCUAUGGCCCUAGCAGUGAGUUUGUGGUCAGUGGCAGCGACUGUGGACACAUCUACCUGUGGGACAAGGUCUCCGCUCGCAUUGUCCAGUUCAUGGAGGGAGACAGAGGUGGAGUGGUGAGAGAGGGAGGGAGGGAGGGAGGGAUGGAGGGUGGGAAGAUGUAUGUUGUAAAGUGGUUAUCCCACUGGCUAUAAGGUGAAUGCACCAAUUUGUAAGUCGCUCUGGAUAAGAGCGUCUGCUAAAUGACGUAAAUGUAAAUAGAAAGGGCCUCGGCGCUUUGAGGAAAUUGGCGAGCGCAAGCAAUAGUCUCAAACAAAAUUGUACAGUAUCAGUUUCAAAGUUUCAUGCUCACUUAUUAAUCUCAAUCUGUCACGUCACGCUUUAUCUCAUCCUCUGUUCCCAGGUCAACUGCCUGGAGCCCCACCCUCACCUCCCAGGUCUGGCCACCAGUGGUCUGGAUCAUGACGUUAAACUGUGGGCCCCCACUGCCGAGAAUCCCACAGGGCUCAAGGGCCUCAAAGACGUACGGUUCAUACCAUUAUAUCCAGACAAACCACAACAUAUCACCAAUAUCCCAAACAUUCCACAACAUAUAGGCUUGGAUACUGCAUACCAAACUGUGAAUUUUGAUGUGACUGGUUGUUCAGGUGAUGAAGAAGAACAAGCAUGAGCGUGACGAGGACAGUGUUCGCCAUGGAGACCAGUACGACACACAGCUCCUGUGGUUCCUCAUGAGGCACAUGAGAAACAGACGGCCCCAGAGGGUGAGUGGAACACCAUAACCCACCCUCCAUGUGUCAUCUCUAUUCCAGUAAUCAAAUCAGUGCACUCCAAUCUCUCUCUCUCUCUCUCUCUCUCUCCAGUAGUAGUUAGUGACAAUUGUGUUGAGGUUGAACAUUCUCUUUUUUCUUUCUCUCCCUCUCUCUCCCUUUUUUUUUUCCAGACACGUCGCGAGGGUGCAGAGGGAGACACUGAUGAAUCGUGGAGCUCUCCAGAUUCCUCUGAUGAAGAGGAUGGAGGGCCAGACCACGUCCAGUGCAUGUCCUCCUGAGCCAAGGAGACAUGCAAGAGUACACACACACACACACACACACACACACACUCUUUAUUGCCCUAGCAUUGAUGCACAUAGGCAGGCACUAUCGACACACUGGCACACACAUGAACACUGAGAGACCAUGAAGUAACAGUAAAGGUAUUCACAUGCAUACACACACACA